AUGAGCUCUCUUGUUGUUCCAGGCGAAGUGCUUGGUAGCACAGCUUCCCACCUGCCCGGCGCGGGAACGCAUGUCUUUGAGAGCAACAUCCUCGCCUCGAUCAUUGGGAGAUGCCUCGUCACACCCGCUGCCAGCAAAUCCAGCAAGCCCACCAUCUCGGUACCUCGCUACGAUGCAUCUAGUGCAGGCAAAGCCAACACAGCCACGGUCACGCUGCCCAAGGUUGGCUCCAUCAUCCUUGGAAGAGUUACCCGCGUGCAACAACGCCAGCUCUCGGCCUCCAUUCUGAGCGUUGACCCGUCUCCCCAUGACAUCCUCUCGUACACACAAAUCACCGAUGACGACCUGCAAUUCCAAGCUGUUCUUCGAAAGGAAGACAUCCGUACCCAUGAGAAAGAUAAGGCUGUGAUCAACGACAUGUACCGAGUGGGAGACAUUCUACGAGCCACCGUCGUCAGCCUUGGGGAUGAAAGAAACUAUUACAUCAGCUCCGCGGGCAACGACUUUGGCGUCGUGGUCGCCACCAGCGAAGAUGGGAAUGCCAUGGUUCCUGCAAGCUGGAAAGAGAUGAAGGAUGUUGUGACUUCCAAGGGCGAGAGUAGGAAGGUCGCAAAACCGACGUGA